GGAAGUUGCAGUCAUGUUGACAGUAUCUACUCAUUUCUGUUCUUUCAGGAGACAGAGCAGUGAAUACUGGGCCAGGGCCAGAUUUUAGAAAUAGUUUCCAAAAAACAGCCAGGAUCACCAGCCACAUUACUCUGUCCUCCUGUUGGGCACAGCUGCUACAAAGCAGGAGAGCUGUGUUCGACCACCAGCUGCUGGUUUUUCAUCAAAACGGAAUAAAAAAGACAAACUAAUCCCUCAUCUGACAGGAGGAUGUUUCCUGCUGCUUCAUCUCCAGGAUGUGAAUUCUUCAUUUAUUUAAACUGAUGGAGUGAAAACUUCUUUUGAGCUCCUGGUUUAGAGAGAUUUUACUGUUUCACUCACGCACACACUCAAGUAAACACAUACACUCUUGUACUUCUGACUUUGUGAGGGCUCCUAUUGACAUAAUGCAUUCCCUAGCCCCUUACCCUUACCCUUACCCUAACCUUAAGCUAAACCUAAUUCUAACCUGAACCAUAAAACCAAGUCUUAACCCUCAAACAAGCCUUUGAAAAACUGAGGACCAGUCAAAAUGUCCUCACUUUGCAAAAUGUCCUCACUCUGUAGCGUAAGUACAUUUUUUGGUCCACACUGUGUGGCAAGUACAAGUAUACACACAUACACACACACUGCAGCUAUAUUGCAGUUAUCUUCAGGUCAGUGAUGUAGUGGUAGUUGAUGAAAUGGGCGUACCACUAGGUCAGGCAUGUCCACAGUCUGGCCUGGGGGUCAACUGUGGCUGGCAGACAGAUUUUAAACAUCCUGUGGCUUGCUGUUCAAAGUAUACUAUAUAUGUUGGUUAAUGAAGCAUGACCACUUUGCAUUUUUUCCGUUCACCUCACAAUGGCAGGACUUUCGUACAGUUUGUAGACAUGCACCAAAUUGGAACUACACAGACAGAACUGGUGUAUCUUCAUUAACAGAUUAUGUAGCUGUAGUUUGAUAAUCUUUUCAAAAAGCUGAGGCUGAAGUUCAGGUUUUAUUUCAGAAACAAGUCCUGUCUCUCCUUUGAUGCCAGAAAAAGACUGGUUGCUGCUUUGUUUUUACUUGUUCUGGAUUAUGGUGAUUUGCUGUACACGAAUACAUCUGAACAUUGUUUGCACAUGUUAGAUACAGCAUACCAUGGUGCACUGAGAUUUGUUUGAAAUUAUAAAGCCCUGAACGCUCAGCCUCCAUGUUGCGCCUCUGAAGGAGUCAGUGCGCCCUCAUGUGAUAACUGGAAGAAACUACAGCAUUGGAUUGGCCUCCUUGAGCAAGAGGUGUGUGAGGGUGUGAGCGUGUGUGUGUGUGUGUGUGUGUGUGUGUGUGUGUGUGUGUGAACAGGGUGACACACUCCCCUCUACAUUAAAAACCUGAGCAGGCAGGAACAGACAAGGCUCAGUUGUUAAGAUCACACUGAACAGAAUGGAUACAGAGAAGAAGAACGUGAUUCUCAGAGAAGGAUUCCUGGUGAAAAGGGGUCAUCUUGUGCACAACUGGAAGGCACGCUGGUUUGUGUUGAUGCCAGACAAGCUGCUGUAUUACAAGUACGAAGGAAGCAGGAAGGACUCAUGUCAGAGAGGGAAAAUCCUUCUGAAGGACUGUGAGAUAACCUGUCCUUAUCUGGAGCAUGAAAAUCGACCGUUGGUGUUCAAGCUGCGGACAAAGAAUGGGGUGGAUCAUUUUUUGGAGGCUUGUUCCCGGGAGGAGAGAGACGACUGGGCAGAUGACAUCACUGCUGCGAUCGAAAAGCUGGGUGAAGACGGAAAGGUGACAAACCAGGAAGACCCUGCUGGAUCCCAGUUAACCAACGUUGAUCUGAGCAAGGUGUUGGACUCCAUGUAUGAUGUCCACAGUGGUAUCAAGAUGAGCACCCAUGUGGAGCAGGGCAGCACUUACAGCAACUGUUUCUCAGGUUCAGCAGUGGUGGACUGGAUGGUGUUCAUGCAGAUGACUCUGACCCGUGUGGAGGCCAUGACGUUGGCCUCAGCCCUACUGGAGGAGGGUUUCCUGCGGACGGUCGGCCUGAAGAGUGUGGAAGCUCUCCGCACCGCCGGCCUCGGUGAGCAGUUCAUGGACGACUCCACUGCACUCUACAGCUUUUCUGACAACUUAAAGAAGAGAGGCAGUGUGAAGGCAGAGACGUCGCUGUCUGCAGUGGAGCUCAGUGGGAAAGUGAUCAAGAGAGGAUAUCUGCUUAAACAGGGACACAGAAGGAAGAACUGGAAGGUGCGACUGUUUGUGCUGCGUUCAGAGCCUGCUUACCUUCACUAUUAUGACCCCACCAAGGAUGACAUCAGCCCCGCUGGCGGCUUCUCCCUGCGAGCCUGUCUGGUGUCUUCUCUGGGCGACAACGGAGUUCCCUCAGGUGUGAAAGGCAACGUUCAAGGCAACCUGUUUAAAAUCAUCACCCAGUCAGACACACAUUACUUCAUCCAGGCUCCGACCCACCAGGACAAGAUGGCGUGGAUAGAUGCGAUCAGAGAGCAGACAUAGAGCAGCGAGUUCAAACAUCACUUCCUAAAAUGUCCACGGGUUCAUUGAUCUAGAAGAAAGAUUUACACAUUCCAUGAAUGUUUACUGUAGCAACAAACUGGGAUCAUGCAAUUUAAUAGAAAGUGUUAGUGGUUUCAAAACAUUUCUGUUCAUUUGUCUCUAACGUGCCAGUGCUCUCUGCUUCAUUAUUCUGUGUUUUAAAGUUUGUACAAGGAAGAUUUGAAGGGUUUUAAAAGCCCAACAGUUGUAGCAGUUUAUCUUGUA